AACCUUCGAUUUAAAAUCGAGCGACUGAGAUCGGUUACAACCUCGGGCAAACCAAUUCAAUCUAAGCACAUUGGAGAAUCCAAUUUUAAAAGUUGGCUAUCAAAGAAGAAGAAUCAAACUAGUUGACAUAACAUCUCAUACUACUCGUGUGAGACUUGAACACUCACUGUUACCCAAGUCAUUGUCACUCUCUGCAACAGCAUUCUCAACCUUGAUAUUAAAUCGAAGUCACACUAUCUUAUACUCACUGAAAACUGCAUAGUGUCACACAUGGAUCUGGAUUUUCUCAUUCACGCUCUAAUUCCAUCAUGGAACUCCGUUGCUUUACUUGCGGGUUUUUUUACUUACUUAGCCAUUGUUGGAUCCAUUCUCCCUGGAAAGCUUGUUCCUGGUGUUGUUCUCUCUGAUUCUACUCGUCUUCAUUAUCGAUGCAAUGGUUUACUUUCGCUUGUUCUGUUGGUUGGACUUCUUUGGAUCAGUGCCAAGAUGGAAUUUGUAUCUCUUACUGCCAUAGCAGAUAGAGGACUUGAGCUGCUGUCUACAACUUUUAUCUUCAGUUUUCUUGUGGCCCUCAUACUCUAUUUCUCCGGUUGCAAGUCACGAAGUAAAGGUUCAUCACUAAAACCUCAUAUCAGUGGAGACCUGAUACAUGAUUGGUGGUUUGGAAUACAACUAAAUCCUCAGUUCAUGGGUAUUGACCUCAAAUUUUUCUUUGUUAGAGCUGGAAUGAUGGGGUGGCUACUUAUCAAUCUAUCAGUUCUUGCUAAGAGCAUUCAAGAUGGUACUUUGAGCAAGUCAAUGAUUCUCUUCCAGCUAUUCAAUGCACUAUACAUCCUGGACUACUUUGUACACGAAGAAUACAUGACAUCCACAUGGGACAUAAUUGCAGAGAGACUGGGCUUCAUGUUGGUCUUUGGAGAUCUCGUGUGGAUUCCUUUUACUUUUAGCAUACAGGGCUGGUGGCUCUUGAGGAACAAGGUUGAGUUAACAAAUGCAGCUGUUGUAGCUAAUUGCUUCGUCUUCCUUAUUGGAUACAUGGUAUUUCGAGGAGCAAACAAGCAAAAGCAUGAUUUCAAGAAAAACCCAAAGGCUCCUAUAUGGGGUAAUCCUCCAAAAGUCAUUGGAGGCAAGCUACUUGCGUCUGGUUAUUGGGGUGUUGCUAGACACUGUAACUACCUAGGGGACUUGCUGCUUGCUCUCUCUUUUAGCUUACCUUGUGGCAUCAGUUCACCAGUUCCAUACUUCUAUCCAAUUUAUCUUCUCAUUCUGUUAAUCUGGAGAGAAAGAAGGGAUGAAGCUCGUUGUGCAGAGAAGUAUAGAGAUAUAUGGUUAGAGUAUCGUAAACUUGUUCCAUGGAGAAUUUUGCCUUAUGUUUAUUAAAGGGGAGAGAAAAAUGCUUCACCAUUAAUCUCUCAUUUACCACACUUAGAUGUAAAUGGGUUCAUGUAGUCCCAAUGCAUACACGUCCUGUUCUUAGUGUUUGUAUUAGGUAGUUUGCUGACCACAUUUGUUUUUUGGUAACAUUACCAUAUUUGUUUACCAACUUGUUUAUCUGAUAGAUAAUAUUAAUUAGUUAUGGAGUUAGAUAGCAAUUAGUUCCUUUUGGCAUAUACUAUCUGAGAAAAACAAUUGAGAUUUUUUUUGUUCUUAGUGUUUGUAUGAAACUCAAACUUGGUUCCAUAACUACUAUUAAGCGGCUCCCACAAUUCUACA